AUGACACUAUCUGCGCUACCGCCGGAGAUUCUCAGCAGAAUCUGUCGCUUCAUCGUCGCGGAAGAAUCCUGUGACUUCAGUGUUGAGGAAGAUGAUCUUUCUGACUGUACGCUUCCUCAAGAUCUCAAGUCCCUCCGACUGUCUUGCCGGGAGAUCUACCAGAAAACGCUGUUCGACGUCGGUAUUGUCUACGGAGAAAUGUUAGACAACCUCGUAGUGGAUCUUUCCUACAAAUCUCUCGGCGUCCUGUUCUCAAUAAGCAGCGUCCCUUAUUUCCGAGACCAACUCCACAAAAUCAUAUUCACGGGGCCAUAUUCGAGUGAGUCUUAUUUGUCGUCAACUUACUUCUGGGAUCUUGAGGACUCCGAGGACAGCUCGCACUGCGAAGAACGGACAGCCUUUGCAAACUCUCCUGAAGCGCUCCACGUCCUAAUAGAAAGCUUCAAGAACUUAGCAAGAUCAACUUCAUUGCUCAAGAUCCACCUAUGCGAAGAGACAGCAUACCCCGCCGUGUUCAAGGCACUUAACCUCGCGUCUUUUCCCCGCCGAAUCUUACACGUCGAAGCGGAGCCAAAGAACCUCCACGGACACUCGCACGACGAAUUCUGGAAUCCAUUAUCCCAGUCACCGCAUCUCAUUUCGCAUAUGGAGUUUAGAGCCUCAUCAUUCAUGGACUUCGAAGAGAUGAACCCGGAAGAGAGGGAAUGGCAAAUGGGGACCAACGAAAACGGGUCCCACUACUCCGACUACAGGUCCGUCACCCCAUCGCUAUCAAACCUAGCCGCUAAACUCUCGGACGUGGAGACAAUCACAUACUACGGAUGCAACAACUCAUCACGUCUACGACUGUGUCACGGAUGCGAAGAUAUAUGGGUCAAUCUCUUCGCGAAGAACACGUAUUCGAAUCUCACCCACUUGGAGCUUUAUCACGGCUACGUGAGCGGGAGUCGUCUUCGGGGUUUUGUCAAGCGACAUGCGGGAACACUACAACACGUCGAAUUUGAGGGUAUGUCUCUGACCGACGGUAAUUGGCGCUCCAUUGCCCAGGGCCUGCAGAAAUGCCCGGAUCUCGACUAUCUCGACGUGGGUCUAGAUACUGCCGUGGGCGGUUAUGUGGGCUCUCUUCGCCAGAGACACGCUCCACCACCUCUCGAAGUCAGCCUGCCAGAGAAAUACGCUACCUCUGGCUUUGUAAUCCGAAAGAACUUGCAAAAAGACGAUGCUUCAGACAUUCGAAUCAUACUGCGCAACAAGAAGGAUGUCGCACACUGGCUGGACGUAUUCGUAAGAUACUUCGCCAUCGACGAGGACUAUUUAGGCGUUCGUAUACCCGGUAGACCUGAUCUCCCGAGAUAUUACGAAAUAGCUUCGGACAGGUAUCUUGAAGAGGUCGAGGAAGCGUGA